AUAUCCGCUUCCCAAGCUUUACUUUUCUUGACCAGUUAGAGCGGCUGAGGGUGGAGAUGAUCGCGCGCGCGGGGGGUUGAAUCGCCUUGAAUCGCGCACCGAUACUCCCUAAACGUCGACGAAGAACGACGCGACGCCGCCACGAUCCGCGAGUUCUUCCUUCCUACAGCUGCUUGCCUUCGAUUCCCCUUUCAAUUCAAUUAGAAUUUUCCGCUGCAAGCUUCCCGUGCAACGCGCCAAAACGAUUCUCGCCUGCCACAGUGGAUUGUCUGUAUAUUUUUGUUUCUCCAGUUUCUUUAGUGCAGUAGUGCAGUUUGCGCGAGGUCGAACACGUUUGGUGAUCCCAGCACGCGAACCGGGACAGUGUACGUGUCCAUUUUUUGGAGAGUUUGCAGCCUCUAAAACCAGUUUCUGUAGCUUAGUGCUUGGUGAACGUGAUGACCAGGAUUUUUGGUGAACUUUGGGCAAGCAUCGGUUCGAUGGCGGUGAUCGUUGGAAUAUUUACCGUGGAAUGAACUGGACUAAUUGUCUGCUGACGUUGAUUGCAAGGUUGCAUUUAGGAAGAAGAGUACAGAGUGUGAAGCCGUAGAGUAAUCGAAGACGUUUAUAUCUGUUGUCAGAUAGAUGUUGUUAUAUACUGCGGAUUGAACUGGAUGUUGAGAAGUAAUUGGUCGAUGAGUUGGUUACAAUGUCGCCUGCACUUCUGCAAGAUAUAGAGUGUAGAGUUAUUGAAGACGUUUAUGUCGGUCAUCUGAUAAAUGGCAUCUUAUUGUGCAGUUGUAAGAUGUAGAGUAAUUAAGGGCACUUACACCGGCGAAUGGAAUGUUUCUAUGCGGAUUUCUAAAAUAAGUGCGCGCAAGGAAGUUUGUUCAAUUCGAAGUGAUCUCACGUCUUCCUAAACGCCAAGUCCAUACCUUAUGAAUUAAUCGUAUGCUUGUAAGCGUUAAGCGAACCAAAGAAAAGACUCGAUUUACCGAUGAAGUUACCGGAAGAAGACCCCAGGGCUUUUCGAAUGGUCAAGAUCUUCAACGUUGAAUUGCCACUCACCAAUCGUCAAAGCGAUGGAAGCAAACUAAUAAAGUGAGAAAAAAGUAAAAACACUUAGUUAGAGUUAAAAACUUAGACGAAUGAAAUCAAGCUUAACGAUAUUAAACUUACAUGAUUGAUAUAUAUAUAAGUUUUUAAAGAAAACUUCGCCAACUAUGUAACAAACAAGCAACUUUCAAUACAAAUAAUCGAAGUUCGAUUGCUGAAAAGUUGCUCAUUUUGGUAAAAAUGCAGUCCACUUGUCAGCAACAACAGGCCCAGCCAGGUCAGAAUGGAACUUCCGCGAGCAGAACAUCGUUUUUGAUAGAAGAUAUCCUGAGUCGUGGAACCGCUCCACCGCAUUCUCAUCAUCAACUUCAUCAUCAGCACCUGACGUCCAGUCACGGAGUACAACAUCAGCAAUACCAGCAAUUCGCCAGUUUAUUACCUGGUUAUCCUUCUGCACCGCCUACGGCAACCUUCUUCCUGGGACCACUUUUUGGUAACACGGCGAUGGGGGUUGGCGUGGUACCGGGAGUUACUGAACUUGCGGCCUUGAAGCACUGCCGUCGACGAAAGGCACGAACAGUGUUCAGUGAUCAACAAUUGGCGGGUUUGGAAGCUAGAUUCGAGGUGCAGAGGUACCUGAGUACACCGGAGAGGGUAGAGCUCGCGGCGGCUCUUCACCUCUCGGAGACCCAAGUGAAAACGUGGUUUCAAAAUCGGCGGAUGAAGCACAAGAAACAAUUGAGGAAAUUGAACACCAGCGCUGGGAGCAAUGGCAACCAGAAUUCUAAUCAGCAAUGCACCGGUCAAUCCGUUUCCGUUACAUCGCCUGCCGAACGACCGGUGGAUUUCUCUCUGAGCGGCGGGCGAGAAUCACGGGCGAGCAGUGACGCGCCGGUAGACUCCGACGACGAUGAAAUCGACGUUCUAGGUGACGAGACGCCAUCGCCAACGCGAACAGGCAAUAUUCACGUCUCUAGGCGUGCCGGUUCACCGACGAGUUUUCAUCAGAUCACGUAUCGUCAUUCGGUUAGCUUGUCUCAUCAACCCCAACACGGACAAGCUAUUCAACGCCAACAUCGCUGAAACGAAACAGUACAAGGUUGAUAUUGCUCUUUCAUACGGGAGAACGUUUAAUCUGAGCUAGUAAAUGCAGACAUUGCAUUCAAGAAUGACAAACCGAGUGAUCGGUCUGAGAAAUUGAAGGAAGAUUUGAGAAGGGAGAGCCGAGAGAAAUCACGUGGAUUUUUCUAAACGCUCGAAUCGUUUCUCUCAAGUGCAGUCAAUCGGUUUAAACAACUGUUAGGAAAUCCUUCAGGAAAUACGAAGAUCCUCAACGAUAUUUUCUAUUAAUUGUGAAAUUUUAUUUAUCAGCGCGAAACGUUUUUACAGAUUGAUUUAGACAGUUCGAAUAUUUUCAUUUAAGGAGCGAGUCGCAGUUAUGAGAAGAAUUAUGUUAAGGAAUAUAAUGUAAAAGAGGAUAAAUCGAAGUGACGAAGAUUUGAUGAUUCUAAACCACUUAGAUCCGACGAUGGAUGAUAAAAGUAAUACUGUCUCGCUUAUAGAACAAGAUUGUUAGAAGGAACUCUUCAUUUUGAACCAGUGAUUAAUAGAACAAUAUGAAAGAACGUGAAAGAAAUACGAACGACACUUUCAGUGUUAAGAAUGAAUUUGUGAUUGAAGGAAUAGUGUACAAUGAAAUGGUGUAAUAUAAGAAGAUCGAAAGACUCGAGACGAUGUAGAAAGUGUAAACGACUUGUAAAUGACUCUUUAGCGAUUAGAGUCUGGUCGAUCUCUCGCGACACUUUUUAUAGCGAAAUGCCAUAAUAAAGCUAGUCUGUUUCGAGUCACUUUUUAUAGCGAAGUAGAAAGUUAGCUUGUGAUUCAA